UUUAAAUACAAGGUCUCAUUCUUUUGCUUAGUCUGGCCUCAAACUCCUGGCCUCAAGCAAUCCUCCUGCCCUGGCUAUACUCUUAAACAUUUCUAAAUUUCUUCCCCUUGAUUUUCAGCUUGAAACGACACCCUCAGUUAUCACAAAUGAGGCAAUCAGUAAGCUAGUCUAUUUUCUAUUCUCUAACUUUCAUUUCUAUAUUAGUUAUCUAUUGCUAUAAAAUACAUAUAUAUAUUUUUUGAGACGGAGUCUUGCUCAGUCGCCCAGGCUGGAGUGCAGUGGCAUGAUCUCGGUUCACUGCAAGCCUUGCCUCCCAGGUUCACGCCAUUCUCCUGCCUCAGCCUCCUGAGUAGCUGGAACUACAGGCACCCACCACCAAGCCCGGCUAAUUUUUUCUGUAUUUUUAGUAGAGACGGGGUUUCACCAUGUUAGCCAGGAUGGUCUCAGUCUCCCGACCUCGUGAUCCACCCGCCUCAGCCUCCCAAAAUGCUGGGAUUACAGGCACGAGCCACCGCGCCUGGCACUGUAAAACAUAGUACCCUAAAAUAGCAAUAAAUAUUUAUUAUCUUAACACCAUUUUUUGUGGAUCAGGAGUUCAGGAGUGGCUUAGCUGGGAAGUUCUGGCUCGGGGUCUCUUGAGGUUGCAGUCACACUCUUGGCCAGGGCUGCUAUCAUUUGAAGGCGUAACUGGGACUAGAGGAUCACAUUCCAACAUGGCUCUCACGUGGCUAUUGGCAAUAGACCUCAGUUUCUCACCAUGUAGACCUCUCCAUGGGGCUUCUUAGGUGUCCCUAUGACAUGUCAACUGGCAUUCUCCAGAGCAAAAGGACUGGCAUUCUCCAGAGCAAGAGUCCAUAAGGUCGAAACCACAGGGUCUUCUAUGAUCUAUCUCAUCCUCUGUCAUUUCCACAGUAUCUUAAUGGUAUACAAGUUAAUCCUAUUCAGUACAGGAGCCAGCUACACAGUGUUGUGAAUACCACAUACUGGGUACCUUUGGGGCCAUCCAGGAUGCUGGCUACCAUAAUUCUGCUCUUACUAUUUUAUUUAGAUUUGCAUUUAAAUAUGUUCACCAUCACUACUAUUCUUUGAUGAAACUUUCACUAUUGUUCUUUUGUGGCUGGAGUAUGUCUUCUAGUAGUUUCUUCUGAAAGAGCUCAUGUCAACAGUAUUUCCUAAGUUGCAUCAUAAAACUCCUUAUAUCCUUUAUACUCUAAUGACAGCUUGGCUGGAUAUAAAAAUGUUUUGACUCCUUCAUUUGUUUUUUUCACAAGUAUGUUGGAAGAUUUACCCCACUGUUUAGGGCACUGAAUUUAGCACUGGAGAAGUCUGAUGACAACUGAAUUUCCUUUUUCUUAUAGGUGACUUGAUAUUUUUAUCUUGAUUCCCAAUGAGUUUUAGUCUAAUAAUUUUAUUAGGUAAUGUUUUGGUACUAUUUUGGGUCAUUUUCACCUAUAAUAUGGUUUCACUUUUCAUCAUGUGUAUUUACACUUUAUUUCAGGAAAUUCAUCUUGAGUAUUAAAACUGUAGAUUUACAGCUAAAACCAUAGUUUUACAUAUAUCUUCUUAAUUUGGAUUUCAUCUUUAGGUGCUCUGCCUUUUGCAUAUUGGAUCUCUUCAUUUUCAUUUCUUCAAAUGAUUUUCACCCCUUUCUUUGUUACAUUUUGUUCUGUUAAUUUCUGUAUUAUUUAUUCCAUACUAUACUUUCUGUGGCAUUUGUCAGAUCUUAUGCACCUUGUAGUUGAUUUAUUUAUUUAUUAGAGAUGUGGUCUCACUGUGUUGCCCAGGCUGGCCUCAACCUUGAACUCCUGGACUCAAACAAUCCUCCAGACUCAGUCUCCCAAGUAGCUGGGACUACAGGCACAUGCCGCUGCACUUAGCUAGUUUAUUCUUCAUUUCUGAUGUGAUUGAGCCUAUUUUCUCUUUCAGUCUUGAAUUCUACUAACUCCCGUCUAUGGUCUGUCUAUUACUUUCUCCUCUUUCCUGAGAUCAUACAUUUUUGCUUCUGGUCUGGUUUUAGAGCUGCAAUUGCAUCAUACUUUUUUUUAAUUCAGACUGAAAUGUUGGGUGAUAAUUUUCAUCUUCUCUGGUUUUUUUAGUGAGUGUUUUUGUACAUGGGGGAUUUUGACACACUUUUAAAACUUUGUUUUUUGUUUGUUUUUUUGAGAUGGAGUCUCGCGCUGUUGCCAGGCUGGAGUGCAGUGGCGCGAUCUUGGCUCCCUGCAACCUCUGCCUCCCUGGUUCAAGUGAUUCUCCUGCCUCUGCCUCCCAAGUAGCUGGGACUACAGGCACAUGCCACCACACAUGACUAAUUUUUUGUAUAUUUAGUAGAGACAGGGUUUCAUCAUGUUAGCCAGGAUGGUCUCUAUCUCCUGACCUCGUGAUCUGCCUGCCUUGGCCUCCGAAAGUGCUGGGAUUACAGGCGUGAGCCACCGCGCCCAGCCUAAAACUUUUAUCUAACUACCUUAGGCAUGUUAUAUCUAAUUUAUAUUUUGGAGAGGAUGUAAUAGAUUUUCCUGGAAUAGCUGUCACUGGUAUUUUCCUGUGAAAAAGGUGAAUGGGGCAAGGGUAGUUUUUAAGGUUUUUUUGCUCAAGAGUUUCUUCCUCUGUUACCCCAGUAGAAGAUAAUUUUUUAAAAAUUUGGCUCCCUUUGAAUAGCCAGGCCUUCUUUGCCAUUCAGAAGCUCAACUGGUUCAGGAGGACUCCUAUUAUCAGCUCUGAGUUCACCCAGUGUCUUCUGCUAUAAUUAAGGAAUACAGCCAAGUCCCCAGUUCAUUUUAUGAGGCCAGUAUUUCCCAGAUACUGAAACCAGACAAAGUAUAUCUCAUAAGAAUAUGGGUGUAAAAAUCCUCAACAAAGUACUAGCAAACCAAAUCCAGUAACAUCUAAAAUGAAUUAUAUAACAUGACUGAGAUUUAUCCCAGGAAUGCAAGGUUGGCUCACCAUCAAAAGUCAGUUAAUGUGAUGCAUCAUAUCAACAGAAUAAAAAACAAAAAUCACACAAUCAUCUCAAUACGUAGAGAUAAGGCAUUUGACCAGAGCCAGUACCCUUUAUGAUUUUUUUAAAACACACACAUUCUACAAACUAGGAAUAAAGAGGAAUUUCCUCAACCUGAUAUCUAGGGAAAACCCAGAGCCAACAUCACACUUAAUGGUAAAAAGCUAGAUGUCUUCCCUCUAAGAACAGGGACCAGACAAGGAUCCCCACUUCUGUUUAACAUUGUACUAGCAACUGGGCUAGGGCAAUUGGGGAAGUAAAAGAAAUAAAGGAUACUGGAGAAAAGAUUGGAACAAGUAAGAGCAUCUCUAUUUGCAGAUGACAUGAUCUUCUACAUAGAAAAUAAAACUUAUACUCUGAAAACUACAAAAUAGAUACUCAAACAAAAACUUUUACAUGAAUGUUCAUUGCAGCAUUUUAAAAAUAAUUGUCAGCUGGGCAUGGUAGCUCAGGCCUGUAAUCCCAGCACUUUGGGAGGCUGAGGCGGGCGGAUCACCUGAGGUGAUAGCUCUGCUUUCUCAGCACACUGCCUCACCCAGAGAAGAAUCCAGAGAAGGAGUGGUGGACUUGGAAUGUUAAGUCAUGGCCCAUUUGAUGAUGUUCAGGGAUGUGGCUGUAGAUUUCUCUCAGGAGGAGUGGGAGUGCCUGGACCUGGAACAGAGGGAUUUAUAUAGAGAUGUGAUGUUGGAGAACUACAGCAACAUGGUCUCACUGGGUCUUUGCAUUUAUCAGCCAGAAGUGUUCUCUUUAUUGGAGAAAGGGAAAGAGCCGUGGAAGAUUUUGAGCAAUGAGACAAGAGGACCUUGCCCAGACAUGCAGUCCAGGUGUCAGACCAAGAAGUUACUACCAAAAAACGGCAUUUUUGAGAGAGAAAUAGCCCAAUUGGAAAUAAUGAAAAUUUGUAAAAACCACAGCCUUGAAUGUUUAUGUUUUAGAGGUGAUUGGGAAGGCAAUGCUCAGUUUCAAACACUUCAAGAUAAUCAAGAGGAAUGUUUCAAGCAGGUGAUACACACCUGUGAAAAGAGGCCGGCUUUUAACCAGCACGCAGCGUUUAAUCUACACCAGAGACUUAACACAGGAGACAAACUGAAUGAAUUUAAAGAAUUGGGGAAAGCCUUUAUUUCUGGUUCAGAUCAUAUUCAACAUCAGUUAAUUCACACAAGUGAGAAAUUCUGUGAAGAUAAAGAAUGUGGGAAUACCUUUCUUCCUGAUUCAGAAGUUACUCAAUAUCAGACAGUUCACACUGUUAAGAAAACAUAUGAAUGUAAAGAAUGUGGGAAGUCUUUUAGUUUACGUUCGAGUCUUACUGGUCAUAAGAGAAUUCAUACUGGUGAGAAACCUUUUAAAUGUAAGGAAUGUGGGAAAGCCUUUAGAUUUCAUUCACAACUUAGUGUCCAUAAGCGAAUUCAUACUGGUGAGAAAUCUUAUGAAUGUAAGGAAUGUGGGAAGGCCUUUAGUUGUGGCUCAGAUCUUACUCGACAUCAGAGAAUUCAUACUGGUGAAAAACCCUAUGAAUGUAAUGAAUGUAGAAAGGCCUUUAGUCAGCGAUCACAUCUUAUUAAACAUCAGAGAAUUCACACUGGUGAAAAACCUUAUGAAUGUAAGGAGUGUGGGAAAGCUUUUACUCGUGGAUCACACCUAACUCAGCAUCAGAGAAUUCAUACUGGUGAGAAAUCUCAUGAGUGUAAGCAAUGUGGAAAAGCCUUUAUUCGUGGUUCAAAUCUUGCUCAACAUCAAAAUGUUCAUGUUGGUAGGAAACCUUAUGAAUGUGAGAAAUGUGGGAAAGCCUAUAUUUGGAGCUCACACCUUGCUCGACAUCAGCGAAUUCAUACUGGCAGGAAACCUUAUGAAUGUAAGCAAUGUGGGAAGACUUUUACUUGGGCUUCGUAUCUUGCUCAACAUGAGAAAAUUCAUAAUGAGAGGAAAUCCUAUGAAUGUAAGGAAUGUGGAAAGACCUUUCUUCAUGGCUCAGAGUUUAAUCGACAUCAGAAAAUUCAUACUGGUGAGAGAAACUAUGAAUGUAAGGAAUGUGGAAAGACCUUUUUUCGUGGUUCAGAACUUAAUCGACAUCAGAAAAUUCAUACUGGAAAGAGGCCAUAUGAAUGUGAAGAAUGUGGAAAAGCCUUUCUCUGGGGUUCACAACUUACUCGACAUCAGAGAAUGCAUACUGGUGAGGAACCUUAUGUAUGUAAAGAAUGUGGGAAAUCUUUUAUCUGGGGUUCACAGCUUACACGACAUAAGAAAAUUCAUACUGAUGCAGAACCUUAUGGAUGCAAGAGAAGUAGCCACAUCUUUAGUCACCAUUCAUAUUUUACUGAACAAAAAUUUCAUAAUGGUGCAAAUAUCUGUGAAUGGACAGACUAUGGGAACACCUUUAGUCAUGAGUCAGAUUUUGCUCAACACCAGAAUAUUUACACUUUUGAGAAAUCCUAUGAAUUUAAAGAUUUUGAGAAAGCAUUUUCUUCAAGCUCUCACUUCAUUUCACUCUUGUGAAAUAUUAUAUAAAAGUGUAGGAAGGGCUUCAUUCAUGACUCAUUAAUUGAUGUCAUUUAUUUUUUUCUCUUAAGGAACCCCACAAAUGUAAGUAAUAUUGGAAGGCAUUUUAACAGGGCACACAUCCAGCAGCAGCAGCAGCAGCAGAUAAUUCAUCAUGCAGUCAAUACAGGAAAGAAAUUACUGAUCAGUUAUCAAUUGCGGAAUAUCAGGGUAAAAUUUGAUGAGAUGAUAGCAUGAAUUCCUUUUGAAUCAUUCUCAAAACAUUCUGAUCAGAGAUGUUGCAUAAAGAAUUUAUAUAUAAUUUGGCCAGGCACGGUGGCUCACACCUGUAAUCCUAGCACUUUGGGAAGCGGAGGUGGGUGGAUCACCUGAGGUCAGGAGUUUGAGACCAGCCUGACCAACAUGGUGAAACCCUGUCUCUACUAAAUAUACAAAAAUUAGCCAGGCAUGGUGGCACACGCCUGUACUCCCAGCUACUCGGGAGGCCGAGGCAUGAGAAUUCCUUGAACCCGGGAGGUGGAGGUUGCAGUGAGCCAAGAUCACAUCACUGCACUCCAGCCUGGGUGAUAGAACAAGACUCCAUCUCAAAAACAAAAACCCACAAGAAUUUAUAUAUAAUUCAUUUUGGAAAUCUUUCAUCAUUAGCAAAAUUAUGUUGUAUUUCCAUAAAAAUCAUGUAAUUAAUCUAGAAAAGCCUUGAACUAUGUCACACAAUUUAUUUGGCAUGUCUUGUUUCAAUACAUCCUGCCUCUAUAUAUAAUUUUUUGAAAAGUAUCUUAAAUCUGUAUCUGUUUAAUCUUAUUCAUUAGAUUGUAAAUGUUGAAUGAUUUGAGAUUUACAUGACUUAGUGACUGUCAUUUGUAUCGGUAUUAAGCCAUUUUAUGAGAGAAGGACUUUAAGACUAUAAUGAUUGGCUGGGCGAGGUGGCUCACGCCUGUAAUCCCAACAGUUUGGGAGGCCGAGGCGGGCAGAUCACAAGGUCAGGAGAUCGAGACCAUCCUGGCUAACGCGGUGAAACCCCGUCUCUACUAAAAAUACAAAAAAUUAGCCAGGCGUAGUGGCGGGCGCCUGUAGUCCCAGCUACUCGGGAGGCUGAGGCAGGAGAAUGGCGUGAACCCGGGAGGCGGAGCUUGCAGUGAGCAGAGAUCGUGCCACUGCACUCCAGCCUGGGCGACACAGCAAGACUCCGUCUCAAAAAAAAAAACAAAAAGACUAUAAUGAUUAUAGGCAAAUAUCUCAUCUCUAUUUAUGUCUUAUUGAACAUCAGAAUGUUAAUUCUGAAAACAAAUCAGUAAAAUACAAUGAAGAAAGCUUU